GGAUUCUUACGCACACACGUUGACCCGCGCGGCUACCAUCCCCAGCUAUCCUAAGUUACCUGCUAAGCCAGCUUGACAAUGCACAUACGCUAAAAGAACCAGGCAGCUUCAUCAGAUGAAUAUUCGGAUUCUCGUUGACUCCUGAGUCCGACUAUCAGUUGACCGUACGAACUGAGUGAAAUGUCGCUGUGUUACUCCGGCCUUCUCAUCCACAUUUCAAGCUCUGGGCCCCACCAGGCCUCUGUUCCUGAUCCUUCAAAGGGCAUCACUCGUCAACACUGGUUGACUCAAUUGGAAGCUAAGUGCGUACAGCUGAGACAAAACCUUUAUAGAAUUUACUUGGAAUUUCUACACCUCUAACAUCUACUGACGGCCAUCUAAUGCAGUCUUUCGGCCGAACAUUCCAUCCCCGGGAAUAUUCGAACUACACCAUGACCUCCAUUAUUACCUUGUGUCUCCGAAUUAUCUGAGCCCUGCACGACGUUCGAUACUGUGGACUUUGGGUAAUACGAUGGCGAACCCGAGGAUUAUCAUUCCUUUCGUACUUAGCCACACGUUCAAUCCGAUGACGUAUCUCAUGCGAGUAAACGGCCAACAGUGCCUGCAGUGGACUGGGAAGAAAAUAUCAGAUGAAGCGAGUCGCGCAAAGUUUCACAGCCGACAGAACGCCUUUCCGAAUGCGCGAUGCACGGCUCAACCAGCAAGUUCCUAGCAGCUGCUUAGCUUGGCUAUCAGCAUGUACCGAGGCACAACAGCAGGACUAUCUAUGGCAAAGAGAGUUUCUCAAAACCAAGGCAGCUCGCGGGCUGCUUUCUCUUGCAUCACCGAAGCUCAUCCAUCUACUCGAGAGCAAACUGGAUAGCAAGACAUACGAUGCCUUCAUCAGCUUCAUCCGGUGGACUCGGAAAGGGCAAAGUGACCCUCAGCGGUGCCCAAGAGACCCUCCUACUGACGCUCUUUGCCCGCGCCAAAGAUGCUGAGUCUUCGCGUCCGAUUCUGAAUGAUCAAUAUGCCCUCGAUAUCGUCUCCCAGAUCAAGGACCAGGGUUACGACUUCAAGCGCACAACGGCCGGCGGCCCCACCACCGUCAUGUUUGCGAGCUCCGUCUCGAUGCGCGCUCGCAUGCUCGACAUUUGCACCGAGAAGUUUCUGAGGAGGAAUCCAGGCCCGGCCACCGUGUUACACCUGGCGUGCGGCAUGGACUCGCGUAGUCUUCGGGUCAAAUGGCAGGGCGAGGGUCGCUUGUGGAUCGACGCCGAUAGGCAUGAUGUAAUUGAGCUUCGACGGCAGGUUAUGAAGGAUCCGGAUACUGGCAAGGGCGAAUACCGAUUGAUCGAUCCGAACAUUCACGACGACGCGUGGCUCAGCAACUGUAAGAUCCCCACCGAUCGACCGGUGCUGAUCCUUUUCGAGGGGUUAACGCCGUACCUCACCCCCGACGAGAUGUACGGCCUUUUGCGACGGAUCGUGAACUACUUUCGGCAGCGCGGAGUCUAUGGCGAGAUCCGAUUCGAUGCUAUUGGAUCGCUCACUUAUUACACUGCCAGCUUCUUUCUCAACUCCACGUUCAAGCUGAUGGGGACGCGCUUCAACUACUAUCUGGACGAGCCGAGAACGUUGGAGCAGAAGGUCCCCGGAUUGAAGUUCAAAGAACGCAUCUUUGGCACGCCGGAUCUUCUGAUCUUUGGAUUUCUAGGCUGGGUUGUGGGAUUUCUGGGAUGGGUCGCCGAUCUGUUCGGGCUCACAGGUCGCAUUGGAGGAGGCUAUGGGUACGAGUUCUGAGGGCUUUGAUGACCAACAUCACAUAUGCUCAAACAUGAGCUUCAUGUAUCAACAAAUCCACGCGGGAUUUCUUCUGGAGAUUCGGCAGACUCUAUAUAAAGUUGAGUCACACUACGCGACAUCUGAG